AUGGAUGGAGUGGGCGGCAUAAUCAUAUCGCCGACCCGGGAGCUUGCCACCCAGAUCUUUGGCGAGCUCAAGAAGGCCGGGCGGCACCACCCGUUCUCGGGCGGCCUGCUCAUUGGCGGGCGGGCAGGGAGCGUGGAGAAAGAGAGGGAGCGCGUGCAGUCGCUCAACAUCCUCGUCUGCACGCCUGGUCGUCUGCUGCAGCAUAUGGACGAGACACCUAAUUUUGACGCAUCUAACCUCCAGAUGCUCGUGUUGGACGAGGCUGAUCCAAUCCUAGACUUGGCCCUUGGGAUGUUGGUUCUGGAUGAAGCUGAUAGGAUUCUCGACCUGGGUUUCGCAGCGGCUCUCAACGCCAUUAUCGCCAACCUGCCUCCGCCCCCGCACCGCCAAACGCUCCUCUUCUCCGCCACCCAAACCAAGUCCGUGCGCGACCUCGCCCGCCUCUCCCUCUCCUCGCCCGAGUACCUCUCUGUGCAUGCUGAAGCAAAGGAAGCGACUCCGCUGAGGCUGCAGCAGACGGUGAUGGUCGUGGAAGCUUCCCAGAAGCUGGACGUGCUGUGGAGCUUCCUGAGGAACCACCUGCAGAAGAAGACGGUCGUUUUUCUCAGCAGCUGCAAGCAGGUGAGAGGGCGCAUGGGUGAGAGCAGCCGCAUUCAGGUCAAAUUCGUGUUUGAAGCCUUCAGAAGGCUGAGGCCCGGCAUUGCUUUGAAGCUGCUGCACGGGCGGAUGAAGCAGAUGACUCGCCUGGCCUCCUUCUAUGACUUUUGCGAAGCCGACCAUGCAGUGCUGUUCGCCACGGAUAUCGCUGCGAGAGGACUGGACUUCCCAGCUGUGGACUGGGUCGUGCAGAUGACCCGCCUGGCCUCCUUCUACGACUUUUGCGAAGCCGACCAUGCAGUGCUGUUUGCCACCGAUAUCGCUGCGAGAGGGUUGGACUUCCCAGCUGUGGACUGGGUCGUGCAGAUGACCCGCCUGGCCUCCUUCUACGACUUUUGCGAAGCCGACCAUGCAGUGCUGUUUGCCACGGAUAUCGCUGCGAGAGGGUUGGACUUCCCGGCUGUGGACUGGGUCGUGCAGGCGGAUUGCCCUGAUGACGUGGCAACGUACAUUCACCGUGUCGGUCGUACGGCCAGGUUCAAUGCAUCUGGACGCUCGCUGCUGCUGCUCACCCCUUCUGAGAAAGCAAUGCUGCCGCUACUAGAGGCGGCCAAAAUCCCGUUUUCUCUAACCAAGGCGAACCCAGCCAAGAUGCAGCCCAAAGCUCAAGCACUGGCAGCGCUGCUCUCAAAGGACUCUGAGAUCAAGUACCUGGCUCAGCGGUCCCUCGUUACCUACCUGCGAUCCAUUCACGUGCAGGACUCUGAGAUCAAGUACCUGGCACAGCGCUCCCUCGUUACCUACCUGCGAUCCGUGCACCUGCAGCGCUCCCUUGUUACCUACCUGCGAUCCGUGCACCUGCAGAGCAACAAAGAAGUUUUUGAGUUGACCAAGCUGCCCGUGGAAGAAAUCGCGGCCUCCAUGGGGCUGCCCAACCCGCCAAAACUUCGCUUCCUGAAAAAAACGAAGGGGGCGGGAGAGAAAUCAGGGGAUGCGCAGGGGAAAGCGGAAGGGGCAAAGGGGAAGGGGGAGGGCGGGAAGGGGAGCGUAGGGGAGUGGAAGGGGCAGAAGAUUCGAUUUGGUGAUGAUGAGAGUGAUGGUAGUGAGGAGGGAAGUGAUGGUGAGGGUGGUGGUGAGAGUGAUGAUGAGAUUGAGGGAGGGAGUGAGAGAGGGAGUGAGAGAGAGGAGGAUACAGAUGAAGAGAAGGAGAGGGAGGAAGGGGAGGAAGGGGAGGAAGAGGAAGAGGAAGAGGAAGAGGAAGAGAGAAGGGAGGGAAGGAAAGAGGAGAAGAAGAAAAAGACAAAGCUGGAGCGGCUGUUUGGGAGAACCAAUAGAGGGGUACUGUCGGCCUCAUAUGAUAAGCUGAGAGCAACCGAGGAGGAUGACGAGGGUGAAGAAGGGGCAGCUGAGGAGGAGGGGGAAGGAGAGGAGGAUGAGCUACUGCGGGUGAAGAGGGUGAAUCAUUUGUUGGAUGGAGAGGAGGGGGAGGAAGGGGAGGAGGGAGGGAAGGAGGGGAGGAGUGGGGCAGCGACUGCAGCAGAAGAGAAGCGGAUACUUAAGCGCCUCAAAAGUCGUCCCUCCAUCCCCCCUCUCCCCCUUCUUCCCCCGCCCCACCCCCAUUCUUUCCUCGCCCGCAGCACCUUGACUCUUUCCAGGAAGCAGCGCAAGAAGCUUCUCUCGGGUCCGGGCCGACAUGGCGGCACGCGAUUGGUCUUCGACGACGAGGGCAACCCGCUGCCGCCCCUCGCCGCCCUUGCCUUGGAAAGGGACAAAGAUAGAGGGGCGGCGGCGGAGGGCGAGGAUGGGACAGGGAAGAGGGCGGCAGGAGAGGAUGAUGAGCUGGCAGCUGCCGCCCGGGCAGCUGAAGAAAGAUUCCGGCAGCUGCGGGAGGAGAUGCAGCAGAAGGAUUUGGAGGACCGGGCAGCUGAAAAGGAGCGUCUGCGAAUGAAAAAACUCAAGGAGAAGCUGAAGGAUAGUGAGGAGGAAGAGGAGGAAGAGGAGGAGGGGGAUGAGGAGGAGGAAGAGGAGGAUGUGAGGAGAAGAGGCAAAGGGAGGAGUGAGAGCAGUGGAAGUGACUAUAGCGAGGGUGAGAGUGAGGAAGAGAGCAGGUUUGAAAAGGGUGGUGUGCAAUGGAACGAAAGUGAUAGUAUGGAGAGUGACAGUAUGGACGAACAGGAAAGGGAGAAUGGGGAUGAUUCCAGUGAAGAUGAGGGAGAGGAAGUGGGGGAGAGGAAAAGAGGGGGAAAGAGAAGGGGAGAGAGAGCAGGAGAGAGAAGGGGAGGGGAAGAGGAGGAGGUGCCUGAAGCAGUUCCUUUGGAAUGGGGCGCACAGGACCUUGCAAAGGCAAGGAAACAGCAUAAGGAGCAGCAUGAGAUGCGGCGAAGGAGAGAAACAGCAGCAGCAGCAACAGCAGGGGGGGGGGGAGAGAAGGGUGGGAAAGCGAGUGAAGUCCGAGGGGCAAGCAGCGGAGGGGCAUGCAUCUGCUAG